UUUAGUUUGCUUUGAAAUGAAAAACGUGCAAGAUGAUGCUCUAUUAUAAAACGCAUAAACUUUGAUAAUUAUAAAACUCGGAUGUAUAUAAGGAAUCCUUUGUUGUUGACCCCGAGGUCGUCGUUCGGUGUAUCAUCCAAUCUAAUUAACUAGUUACUAGUAUAUCAUCCGUUGGCAAUCGGCAAAUAAAUGUUUUUCUAAUAAUGUACGAGCGCGCGCUUCUUCUGAUAAUGUCCAUCAACUACAGCGCACAAUACUGCAAGGAUUUAUAACUGUAACACCACCAAAAAAAAAAAAUAGUGGUAAUAGAACGGCACCCGCUCCCCUUAAGUUACAGCUGUAUCAACAAUUUAAAUUGCGUACGUAAUUGUCAAUUGCGCAGAUUUUGCAGUCCAUACACAACACAAUUCCCAUCGACAACGACAUCGCAGCGACUCAUCAAAAACCAUAACCUAUAAAGCAAGAAAGGCACGUGUACUUCACGUCGGGUUCGGAUUCGGAUUCGGGAUUGCGAAGAGUGACGAUUGAGAACGGAGAGUGGAGAGAGAGCGUAAUAUCAGGCGCAAGGAUUCACCGUUGUGACAUACCGAAAAAUUAAAAACAGCUGUUGCUGCUGCUGUUGCGCUUUAGUUGAAAAACCAUGGCAACAACAGCCGACCAAAUAAUGGCACCUGCCCUGGUCUCGACCACCACGACGUCGACGACGACGACGACGAAUGGCAAACAGCAGUCGCUGAGUGUCGCGGCAACAACGAUGCAGCCGAGCACGAAACCCAAUUCAAAUUCAAAUACAAAUGAUGAACAACAGAUGCAGCAUCAAGUGGAGCAGAAUAACAAAUCAACCUCGCCAAAGCCAAAUGCCAUGAACAGUCUAAAGCUAACCAAAAUGGGCUCCGUGUCCACCAAGGAGAAGCGUGUCUACAAAAUUGUCCUCACGGGCGGUCCUUGUGGCGGCAAAACAACUGGCCAGAGUCGUCUGUGCACCUUCUUUGAGAAUCUUGGCUGGAAGGUAUUCCGCGUGCCUGAAACGGCCACAGUACUACUCAGCGGUGGUGUCAAGUUCUCCGAUCUGACUGAGAAAGAGGACCCGCCCACACCAACCACCUACGUUUACAAAGAUCUACCAUUUGCCGCACCGGAGCACAGUCUCAUCGAUCUGACCGCAUCCUGUCCACGUUGCCUGGCCAAGGCUGCCUCCAAGCCCAAUGGCAGCGAAGCUUAUAAAUUUCAGGAGAAUCUGAUUCGCACAAUGGUGCAGAUCGAGAAUACAUAUUUUGAGCUCGGCAAUUCGAGUGCUCGCAACUGUCUCAUCAUCUGCGAUCGCGGCGUCAUGGAUGCCAGUGCAUAUAUAUCAAAGGACAAAUGGGAGAAAAUGAUGGCAGCAAACAAAUGGAAUCCUGUUGAGAUGCGCGACAAUCGAUACAAUCAAAUCCUGCAUCUGGUCUCAGCUGCCAAUGGCGCCGAAGAUUUCUACUCCACAGAGGACCAUGCCUGCCGUUCCGAAGGCGUUGAGCUGGCACGAGAGCUGGACUACAAGUCAGCAGCCGCCUGGGUGGGACAUCCCUACUUUGAUGUGAUCGAUAACUCCACCAACUUUGAGGCCAAAAUGAAUCGCAUGAUUGAAAGUGUGUGCCAAAAACUGGGCAUUGACAUUGGUGACCGUUUGCAAGCCACCUCACGCAAGCUCAAAUACUUGGUUGCUGCGCUACCGCCGGAUAGCGAGUUUCCGCCGUUCCAGGACUUUGAUGUGGUGCAUCAUUAUCUGCAGUCGGCUGGUCCCAAAGUGCAGGCACGUCUGCGCAAGCGUGGCCAGAAGAACCACUGGAGCUACAUUCACACCCAGCGUCGUCCCAAUGUGCAUGGCCAGGCCCGCAUCGAGGUGAAGACUCAGCUGACGCAUCGCGACUACAUGAACCUGCUGGCACAGCGCGACGAUGCGCAUUUCACCAUCUACAAGAAGCGACGUUGCUUCCUGAUCAACAAUCAAUAUUUCCAGCUGGAUAUCUACAGGGAGCCAGGACAUCCACGUUGCAAGGGUCUAGUCCUGUUGGAGACGUACUCCUCGUUGACUGGCGAGGCGCUAAAGAACUGCAUGCCAAAGUUCUUGAACGUUGUUAAGGAGGUCACCGGCGAUCCGGACUAUUCCAUGUUCAAUCUGUCGCUGAAAGAGGACUGGAGCACCACCAAGAAGUACUGCCGCCCAGCAACUGCUAAGGGCGCCACAAAUGGAGUUACGAAAACACCUUUGGUGCUCAAUGGACAGUAGAUAUUUGUCCGAAUCUCGAAUCUCUCUUAACACGUAAAUCGCAAAGAAAAAAACCUAAUUAUAAAAUUUGGAAAAUUACAAAAAAAGAAAAUGCAAACGCGACAGUUACACACAAAUUGCAACAAAUGACCUGGUAACUAGUUUAAGUGAUGAUGAACAACUUUAAGAGCGUGCAGACCAAAAGAAGAACUUGAUGUUGUUUAAAAUUAAUUAACUAACAAACAAACACCGUACUUAUGUGAGUCGGAUUUCCGUCUCACCAAUUGUUACUUAUUUAUGCGUACUUAAACACCACGAGUCCUACCAAUUGUAACUGAAGCUCUUCGAGUCCUAGUUUAGAUAUAUACGGCACAUACGGAAGAAUAACGAUCGAGAUCGAGAGUGUACUUAAUUAAUUUUUUUUUACCGAAUGAUUUUGUUGUUAUGUUUGCUCGUAUGUUAAUUUGUAAGCCAUAAAAAGUACAUAGUGUAUAUCCGUCAAAUUCUUUUUGUUUUUAAGAUGGAAAUCGUGGUCCUUUAAAGAAGAGGAAAAGAAAGCAAAAAACCCAAGAAGCGCAUGCGUGCUUAUUUUAAAUGUAAUUUUUAGCUAAUGUAAUGAAAACAACAAAAACAAGAAACAAACUUAAUACAAAAAGAACCUUGAAGCAAAAAUAAAUCAGCUAAGAAAAGACCACCAAA